AUGGCGUCAAAAAAACGCGGGCCAUAUGCAGGAACAUCGAGGACAUCGAAGUGGAGAAAACAAGAGAAAGAGCAAGAACACGAGUCAAAUGUUGAGGAAAUUGCAGUUUCAGAAACAAUUGAAGAAUUAACCGAUUACAAUGAUGAAGUUCCAAAUGAAUUUGACAUAAUGGUGGAAGAAAUGCUGGAGGAAGAAAAACAGAAGUUAGACCAAAAAAGUAGUGAUAAUCAGAGAAAUAUUGACAAUGAACCUAUAUAUCAAGGAAGCAGGCUUACUGUUAGCAUGAGUAUGCUGCUGAUUGUAACAUUUGCUACAAGACACAACUUAUCAGGAGUUGCCCUUUGUGAUUUAUUAAAUCUUAUUGAAGUGCAUUGUCCUCCAGAUAAUAUAUGCAGGGCAACCCUUACAAUGUACCAAGACUUUUUUAGGCAUUUGAAAACGCCUCUAAUAUACAACUAUUUUUGUGAAAAGUGCUUCCUCAGCAUUGAAAAGGAUGCAAAAUAUGAAAAAUGUCCAAACUGUUCAUUGACUAGCAUAAAAUAUUUCAUCACCAUACCCCUAAAGGACCAAAUGGAAACAAUUUUGAAAAGACCAGGCGUUCUUGACAUUAUAAGAAAAAGCAAAAUUGAAAGGAGUGAACUUGGGAACACAUCCAUUAUUGAAGAUGUCUACAAUGGAAAUGUAUACAAAACUCAUUUUGAUAGUAGUGGUUUUUUCCAUGGAACAACCAAGGAAGAGAGGAAUCUUCAAUUGCACCUUUCUUUUCAAAUUAACACUGAUGGAGUUGCUGUGUUCAAGUCAUCUAAAUUUGGUGUUUGGCCUCUGUAUGCAGUUAUCAAUGAAUUGCCACCUGAUGCAAGAUUCACAAGAGAAAACCGUAUCUUCUUAGGACUAUGGUUUGGAACUCAGAAACCAAAUAUGAAACUACUUUUUGGAUCCUUUUUGAAAGAAUUCAAUUUGCUUUUUACAGGCAUUCCCAUGAGUAUUAAAGAAGAACAGUUAACAGUUAAAGCCAUUCUUCUUAGCUGCACAGCUGAUGCACCAGCGAGAUGUUUAAUGAUGGAUUUUGUCCAGUUUAAUGGUAAUUAUGGGUGUCCUUGUUGUCUAUCUCCUGGAGAAACAUUUGCAAUAUCGGCAACAGGGAACUCGCAUAUAUACCCCUACAAGUCAGAAAGUAAUGAAGGCCAUGACGAGUUAAGGACAAUGGAGGAAACCAAAGCUACAGCGCAUCGAGUAGAAACGGAAUAUUUGAGUGGAAGAAGACGAGAUCCUGUGCCAGAAAUGGGAGUCAAAGGAAUAUCCUUUUUGAUGUCAUUUCCAAAGUUUGAUUUAAUCAAAGGUACUGGCAUAGAUUAUAUGCACUGUGUUUUGCUUGGUGUUGUUAAGAUGAUCCUAGGGCUUUGGAUUGAUCAAGAUCACAAAAAUGAGCAAUGGUCUCUUAGAAGCCAUAUUGAUGUACUUAAUGAUAGAAUCAAAAAACUAAGACCACAUUGUUUGAUUUCACGCCUACCAAAAAAAAUUGAUGAGUAUGGUGACUGGAAAGCAUCUGAAUUUAGAACAUUUCUUCUUUAUUACUCUGUACCCCUUUUGGAAGAUGUACUCCCUUCAAAAUAUUAUGAUCAUUUUUGUAAUUUAGUACUUGGCACUUUCUUACUUUUAAAGACUUCAAUUUCACAGACUGAUCUGAAAUUAGCGAGAUGUUGUUUCAAAAGAUUUUGUAUUGGUAUAGAAGAACUUUAUACGGAGCGUUACGCUACAUUUAAUGUUCAUUGUCUUUUACACUUGUGUUCAAAAGUCGAAGAUUUGGGACCACUUUGGUCCCAGUCUUGUUUUUUUUAUGAAGGAUUGAAUGGUGAUCUUAGAAAUCUUUUCCAUGGUACACAAAAAAUUGAUCUCCAAAUUGUAACUGCUGUAUGCAUUCAAAAUAAAAUUCCUGAACUUGUUGACAAAUUAGAAAUAGGUUCUGUGAAGUCUUUUUAUCAAAAGAUGCAGUCAUCUUUGCAACAGUCAUUUACUAGGAUAUGUAUUGGACUUAAAACUUUUGUGGUUGGCUCUAUAAAGGCCUUUUUGCCUGAGGAACAUGUUACACAAUUACUGGAAAAUAAGUUUGGAAAUGUUGCUGAAUAUCAUAUCUUCUACAGAGUUUUACACAAUAAGAUAAUGUAUUAUAGUGAGGAGUACAAGCCUGUGAAAAAAAGAAACUCCUAUACAUGUAAGAACAAGAGUGGUAUUUGUCAGAUUAGAUAUUUUUUACAGUGUGCAACUGAAAAUGGAUACACAUAUGUUGCUGUUACUAGAAUACUUAAUGUACAGAAAUCUUGUACAAAUGUUUGUCAAGUGUCCAUUGGUUUAACAAAUGUAAUACUUGUAGAUGAUCUCGAGGAACCUGUCAUGUACAUAGAUAUUGAUGAGAGAAAAAAGCAGGUGGCAUUUUUCCCAAAUCUUAUUGAAAAAGAUUAAUAUAUUUAGUUGUCCAUUGAUUGUUUCAAUGUCAGACUAAGAGUUUUUGUAUACACUGUACUUACUAGCAUUUACCACAAACUGUCAUGAAGCUCAUGUACAAAAUGUAGUACAAAUGUAUGUCAAUUAAGUGUCCAUUGGGGUACCAAAUAUUAUGCUAGCAUAUAGAGGAUAUAUACUGAGGAACCUUUUAUGUACAUGAAUAUUGAUAAGAAAAACUAUGUAGAAUUUUAUCCAAGUAUUAUUGAAAAUGAUAUAAUAAAAGAUACAUUAAUAUUGAAACAUCAUGUCUAUUAGUAUAUUUUCAAUGUCAGAACAAAUAGUUUUUUUACACAUGUAUUUUGCAUUUCCCACAAAUCCCUUUGAACACCUGGUAUUUAACUUGGUCUCAAAUUUCAUGCAGAUGUUUUUAAGACAUCAUAUAAUAUAUCUUAUUAAAAAGUCACCAUUAAAACAGCUGUAAUAAACAUUAGAUUUUAA